CGGAGAGGUCAGGCCUUGUCAAGCUUGCAGAACAAACAGAUAAGCUAGGUAGCAAGCUGCUCCAAGGCUCCAGGACACCAUGGCCACAAACCCCGGCCUCUUCAGCGAGUGGCCAUGGAAGAUGCUCGGCAGCUUCAAGUACGUGGUGCUGGCGCCAUGGGUGGCGCACGGCAUCCAGCAGGUGGCGACCAAGGGGUGGCGCGAGGCCGAUCUGGGGUACCUGGUGAUCCUCCCGUCGAUGAUUCUCCGGGGGCUCCACAACCAGGCCUGGAUCACGGUGUCCCGCCUCCAGAACGCGCGCGGCAAGCGGCAGAUCGUCGACCGCGGCAUCGAGUUCGAGCAGAUCGACCGCGAGCGCAACUGGGACGACCAGAUCAUCCUGAGCGCCAUCCUCUUGUUCCUGGGCGCGCUGCACCUGCCGGGCGGGCAGAACCUGCCGCUGUGGAGGACGGACGGCGCGGUGCUGCUGGCGCUGCUGCACGCCGGCCCGGUGGAGUUCCUCUACUACUGGUUCCACCGCGCGCUGCACCACCACUUCCUCUACACGCGCUACCACUCGCACCACCACGCCUCCAUCGUCACCGAGCCCAUCACAUCCGUGAUUCAUCCAUUUGCCGAGCUCGUGGCCUACGAACUGCUCUUCUCGAUCCCGAUGAUCGCCUGCGUUCUGACAGGAACUGCUUCCAUCAUGACGUUUGAGCUCUACAUGCUCUACAUCGACUUCAUGAACAACAUGGGCCACUGCAACUUCGAGCUGGUGCCCACCUGGCUCUUCACAUGGUUCCCUCCGCUCAAAUAUCUCAUGUACACACCAUCGUUUCACUCUCUCCACCACACUCAGUUCCGGACGAACUACUCUCUUUUCAUGCCGUUCUACGACUACAUAUACAACACGAUGGACAAGUCGUCAGACACGCUGCAUGAGAAAUCGAUCGAGAGCAAGGAGGAGGCCGUAGAUGUGGUUCACCUCACCCACCUCACCAGCCUGCAGUCCAUCUACCACAUGAGGCCCGGGUUCGCCGAGUUCGCCGCCAAGCCGUACGCCUCAAAGUGGUACAUGCGGAUCAUGUGGCCUCUGUCCUGGCUCUCCAUGGUGCUCACGUGGGCGUACGGUUCUUGGUUCACCGUUGAGAGGAAUGUCAUGGAGAAACUCAAAAUCCAGUCUUGGGCCAUACCAAGAUACAAUUUCCAUUAUGGAUUGAACUGGGAGAAGGAAGCAAUUAAUAACCUGAUUGUGAAGGCAAUAUGUGAAGCUGACAAGAAGGGGGCUAAAGUUGUUAGCCUUGGACUCCUGAAUCAGGCCCAGAGCCUCAACGGAAGCGGAGAGCUUUAUCUACAAAAGUACCCAAAGUUGGGGUUGAAACUGGUGGAUGGAACCAGUCUAGCUGCUGCAGUGGUUGUCAAUAGUAUUCCCCAUGGCGCGGACCAAGUUGUUCUUUCAGGAAACAUUUCCAAGGUGGCCUGUGCUGUGGCUGCAGCUCUAUGCAAGAAAAAUAUCAAGGUGAUAAUAACAAACAAGCAAGACUAUCAUUUCCUUCAGCCCAAAAUACCAGAAGAUGCAGCUGACAACCUUUUACUGUCGAAAACCGGUAUGGCCAAGGUGUGGAUAAUCGGAGAAGGCGCAGAUGCCACCGAACAGCUCAGGGCGCCGAAAGGAACACGGUUCAUCCCGUACUCACAGUUCCCACCAAGAAUGGCGCGCAAGGACGGCUGCACAUACUCGACGACUCCGGCGAUGAGCGUGCCUAAAACACUGCAGAAUGUUCAUUCGUGCGAGAACUGGCUGCCGAGGAGGGUGAUGAGCGCGUGGCGCGUCGCGGGGAUCGUUCAUGCGUUGGAGGGAUGGGACGAGCAUGAGUGCGGGGACACGGUGCUCGACAUGGACAAAAUUUGGUCUGCCGCACUUCUGCAUGGCUUUCGCCCCGUUGCUGAAGCUUGAUCGUCUGGUUGCAACUUGCAAGUCGAGUGAAUAAGCGUUACGCAGAUAAGGAUCUGGUUGUAUCUUGUAUGCUCGCUGGAGCCGUGCUGAGGAAGAAGGAGCAGACAUACUGGCUAGCAGAUGAGUGGCCUAUAAUUAAUUAAGUACUACUACUAGUUUGAUGAUCUAUGCCAAGGUUACUUGGUUAGCUAUUACUGGAUUAUUUACCUCCUAUGAUAAUGAGUUGAUGACUUGGUUCCACCUA